AUGCUCAGAACUGUUACACCGAGUCCCUUGAAAAAUGCUGUUCGGGUUCCCCAGCUUUUGACAAGUUUUGGUAGGAAGAACUGUCGUGAAAGACAGCCAAUGUCGACUUCAGCUUCGCAGGACGAAAUGAAGCACUUUGGUGAACUGGCACCCUCCUGGUGGGACUUUUGGGGUCCGCAAAGAAUUCUGCAUAAAAUGAACCUCAAACGGAUGGAUUUCAUACAAAAAACUCUUCAAAAAGAGUACCAAGCGGGUUCAGGAACGUAUGUACCUGGAUUCAAUCACCAGGCGUUUCUACCAAAACAGGUUUCCACGGCUAUUGAACAGGAAUUAGAACAGGAUAUACGGGGUCAACUGCAUAGUCAAAAGCUGCAGGUGCUAGAUGUAGGUUGCGGUGGAGGGAUUCUAGCUGAAUGUCUGGCUCGUCUGCCAUUCGUCGCCAAUGUGAAAGGUAUCGAUUUGACGCCAGAAUGCAUUGAAAUUGCGCAAUCGCAUGCCUCCAAAGACCCUAUUUUAAAUGGGAAACUAAGCUACGAAGUACAAGCACUAGAAGAGGUGGAAGGUGUGUACGAUCUGGUAACGUGUCUUGAGAUGCUAGAGCAUGUGGAUCAUCCAGGCGAAAUCCUACGACACGCGUGGAAAAAGCUGAAAGUUGGUGGCAUCCUCAUGGUGAGCACAAUCAAUAGGGAUCCUGUGUCUUGGUUCACAACCAUCUUCAUGGCUGAACAGGUCCUUAAACUGGUGCCUCGUGGCACGCACCACGCUUCCAAAUACAUAAACUCCGAGGAAAUCAUCGAAUGGUUCCAAGAUGAAUGCAAGGGUCAACACCAAAUAUUGAAUUGCAAGGGCGUAAUGUACGUGCCGCUAAACGGUUGGAUAGAACACGAUCACUCUGGAGUAGGUAACUAUUUCAUGGCCAUCAAGAAAACAGCCUAA